UUCACCUCAACUAGAUAACGGAGUAGUGUAUGUGAUCAGUGGAGGAGGAGGAGGUACCUUAGACACGAUGAAAUCAGAACAUUGGGGGUUUUAUGAAAAAUCCCUACCGAAACAUCAUUUUGGAUAUAUGAUGAUAGAUAUGUCAAAUACACUUUUGUCUAUAGAAGAAUGGGCAUCAGAUUGGCAAGAUAGUAGAGAUAAACGAAUCGAAUAUAAAAAAACAGGUGUUAGGGUUUAUAAAACUAUUGGAUCACAAUUGGUUUGUAAUGGAACUAAUUCUUCGUGGGAAUCUGGUCAUUAUUCUGCUAUUGAUAGAUUGGUGUUUACUAGUUUGGGAAUCGAUGGAAAGAUUUUGGAUCGGUUUGUGAUUGAGGCUAAUUCUUGUAGAUAGAUUAUUCAAAACACAUAUUUAUAUACAUAUACACAUAUAUCUAUCAAAAUCAAAAUCAAAAUCGAAAAAUAAAAUUGGUUUGUUGAUUAUUUGAACUUUUUAAGAAUCAAUGGAUUUCUUUUUCCUUUUUUUCUUUUGGAUUAUGAGAUACAAAUAUCAUCAUAGAUUUUUUUUUCCAUAUUAAAUGUAAAGAAGUUGAUCAUAUUUUUUCCAUUAUUCCCCAUGAAGCGUUGGGUUGAGCUGGGCGGUAUUACUUUUUUUUUCUUCAAGAAUCUUUUGCAUUGUUUUCAUUUUGUGUUUGUUAAAUAUUCAUCUUGAAUUGUAAUUCAAUUUUUUUUUGCAGAAACUUGAAACCUU